UACCUUCCAUUACCCUAGGCAAUUGCUGUAGCUUAGGUAUUUAAUGGCAGAGAGGUACAUGCCCAUCUCGCCCAUUACGAUCCAGCCCCAGACUCAAUGCUCAUGAGCAGAUUGACGUUUAUUUAUUGAAAUCAUAAACAAAGGUCUCUCAUCAGAAAAUUCCUUUUGACAGAAGCCACAAGAUGGAAAGCCCGCACGAGCAUCAGCAGAACCUCCUCUUGUCGCGUAUCAUCACCAAUGUUGAGAAACUCAACGAGGCUAUUGUGGUGAUGAAUAAAAGUCUGCAAGACAUCAAUGUCCAGAACAUCAACAUUGGGCUGGUGGCACAGAUGUUCAAGAAUUACCAAUCCAACGUCUUGUUCCAUCUUGAAGCCACGGAUAAUCUAAAGGAACCUUCAUGAACAAUGGUCGGUUAUUGUAGGGACGAAAUGCAAAGCUCUUAGCCACUCGACUUGAUGAUUCUGGGAGUAUGCCUAGGGGCUCGCAGCUUCUGCAGAGGAAUAGCGACCACUUGCUAUGCAGUCGAGUAACCCGGUAGAUGGAUGCUAGGGAUGCGAGAGUGCAUAGGUAGGCAGUAUUACGAAUGAAUAAAUGACCUUAACCAACCACGUAUAUUUGGGUAUUGUACUUGGAUGUUCAGAGUUGGCCCGGGAUCUGGUAACAAAUGUGACUCUUAGGUAUAAUCUGUGACCAAGUUAUAGUAGGUAGGGAGUGUGGUU